UUGAAGAUAAAAAACAGCUUUUUCUUAGAACCACCUCCACAAGUUCAACACCAGAGUUUCACAACAAUGAACCUGUCAAGGCCUCUACUCAAGGCUGUUACUGAGCUUGGUUUUCUCCACCCAACACCAAUUCAAGCAUCUACUAUCCCUAUGGCUUUGAUGGGUAAAGAUUUGUGUGCCUGUGCUGCUACAGGAACAGGUAAAACUGCAGCAUUUAUGUUACCUAUAUUGGAGCGACUGAUCUAUCGUCCACAGCAAACCCCUGUAACAAGGGUUCUUGUUAUCACACCCACAAGAGAACUAGCAAUACAGAUCCAUUCUGUUUCAUCCAAACUAGCCAAACAUACAAACAUCCACAUCUGUCUAGCUGCAGGUGGACUUGAUUUGAAAAGCCAAGAGGCUGAGCUGCGCAACAGACCAGACAUAAUCAUUGCAACCCCAGGCCGACUGGUAGACCAUCUUCACAACACGCCAAGCUUUGACCUACAGGCCAUUGAGAUUCUUGUGCUGGACGAAGCGGACCGUAUGUUAGAUGAACACUUCAAAGACCAGAUGGAUGAGAUUAUUCGCCUGAGUAACAGGGGAAGACAAACUAUGCUUUUCUCUGCUACAAUGACAGAAGAGGUGGAGGAGUUGGUUUCGCUCUCAUUGAACCAACCAGUCAGACUGUUUGUUGACAGUAACACUGACGUUGCUUACAACCUUACUCAAGAGUUCAUUAGGAUCAGGCCCAACAGAGAAGAAGAUCGGCUGGCCAUUGUAACAGCAUUGUGUUGCAGAACAUUCACUGACCAUUGUCUAGUCUUCCUGCAAACAAAAUGGAUGGCUCACAAGCUGAGAAUUAUUCUGGGCUUAAUGGGGCUUAAUGUUGAGGAACUCCAUGGCAACCUAACUCAACUCCAGAGACUGGAGGCUCUGCGCAAGUUCAAGGAAGGCAAGGUGGAUUUCCUUAUAGCGACUGAUCUUGCUGCUAGAGGACUUGAUAUUACUGGAGUAAAAACGGUUAUCAAUUAUACUAUGCCUACCAAUGUUAAACAAUAUGUCCAUCGUGUUGGUAGGACAGCUAGAGCAGGCAAGAGUGGAAGGUCUGUUUCUCUUGUUGGAGAAAAAGAAAGAAAAUCUCUGAAGGAAGUGGUGAAAAACUCGAGGACACAAGUUAAAAGUCGAAUUGUUCCCCCAGAGAUAAUAGAAAAAUAUGCCUCAAAAGUGGAAGCGCUGGAAGCUGACAUUAAAGAUAUUUUAAAGCAGGAAGAAGAAGAAAAGGAGAUGCGUGUGUCAGAGAUGGAGAUGAACAAAGCCAGGAACCUGCUGGACCACGAGAAAGAAAUAUUUGCACGACCAGCGAGAGUAUGGUUCCAGGAUGGUUCAGGAAAACGAAAAGAUAAAAAUGACGAUAAGAAUCAACCAAAGAAAAGACUGAAAAAAGAAACCAGAGAAGUCGUUAAAAAGACGGAAGAAGAAAAAUCAAGACACAAAGAAAUGGAAUUCAUUAAAAGAGAAGCAAAGCGAGCCCGAAAAAAGAAAAAGCUUUACGCCUUUCCUCCUGAUGACCCUCAAGGUCAAUCUAAAAAUCCAGGAGUAAAAACUAAAAACAAGAAAACCAAGUCAUUUGAUCAAGAACUGACAGAUACCAGCAAAAAAGCCCUCAGGCGGUUUAGGACGAGCGAUGCUACCGCUCCACAACCAAAGAAAAGUGUUAAAAGUUCCAAAGUUAACAACUCACAAGAAAAUAGAAACCCUAAAGGAAAACCAGGGAAAUUUAAGUCUAAAAAAAGGUUUAAAAGAAGAUGAUGUGACGAUCAGGGGGAAAAGUCUACAGGGUAAAAUAUAGGAAUCUACAGAGUAAAAUAUAUUAGACCUACUUCUUGUUCUCAGUUUGCAGCCAUGGAUGGACAGACCCCCGUGGACUCGCACUAUUGUAUGAAAUGUCUAUAAAUUUACAUACUUAUUUCAAUAAAAAGUAUCUCCCAUAA